AUGCAUAUACAGGAAGGAACCAACACAACCCUGACAACAUGUACCAAAAUGACAGAGGAAGUAGACAGAAGACAUGGCGUGAAUGGUAACAGCAGCAGUAAGGGUACAAGUGAUGAUGUUCCAGUUCACAGCUCAGCUAUCAAUGCCACUGGAGGAAGACUCAAGUUCUUUAAAGAUGGAAAAUUCAUUUUGGAACUGGUACGCGGAUGCCCACGUGAAGGCGAGCGGGCUGGAUGGGUGUCAGUGCCGCGGAAGACAUUCUGGCCGCCCGCCGCCGCGCCCUCCACUCCGCCUGCUGGCGCCCCGCCCUCCGCUGCGCUCAGCCUCUCCGACGAUAAUAGUUCCGUUCAGUCCUCGCCUUGGCAGCGCGACCAUUGCUGGAAGCAGGCAACGCCGCGUCGAAACAUAUCCAAAGAGUUAGCAAUGUACUACUGCAGGCCGAGCACGUUGCAGAUAUCUGCUAUAAACACGGCAAGCCGCCUUAAGCGGAGACGGCCCUAUGAUCUGACCCAUCUCGACGGGCUCGUGAAUGGAGGCAGUUCUAAAAAGUCAAUCAGUAACGGCAUCUACGAUAGAAAGCGUAACGGCGACGUGGCAUCGCCUGAGCCGCGGGGCGAGGACGCUAUCGACGGUGUUACGAAAACUAAAUCGAGCUCUGACGACGACAGGUGGACGGAUUACGAUCGAGAAAAGUACUACCAUAUGAAAUUGAAAAAACCAUACCAGUAUCGGAAGCUCAGGGUGUACAGGAAGACUCGAUCCGCCAUAAGGCGUAAAGAGUUAACGAAAACGAUUAACAGACUUUACGAACGACUUCCGCCGAUUCCGGCGCCCGUUAACGCGAAACUAGCGAGCUGCCGGCAGGAACACAUGAUGGUUUCUCCAAGAAAACGAAUCCUCCGGGAACUCGAGCGGGUCAGCCUCGAAGAUCAAGGCAGCAAACGACGCGCGAAGACCGCCCCCGCGCUCAGCACCGCUUCGUACCCGUCGUCGCCGGGCCCGAGUCACGCGGCGCACAAACCACCGCAAGAAACGCCUACGCGAUCUCACAAUGGAACUGCUGCACCACGGAAAGAGGCAGCCGUUUCAAAGAACGUGAGCAGCUACAGCAUUCAUUCCCUGUUAAGCAUGCCCGACGAGAGUCCAACUCGACCGGCGCCGCCUCUCCCGACGGAAUCUCCGUCGAGCGUACAUUCGCCGGACCUGAGCCCGAGUCCGGACGGGUACCGGUACCGGCACUCGCUGGGCGUGCGGGACUCGCCCACGCCGCCGCACGAGAUGGCUCGGUACCGCGCGCUGACGCCGUACGCGCGCCACUGGAGCCCGGCCGCGUACCGCUCGGCGGCGCGCGAGGAGUGGCGGGACCUGCCCUACGUGUACGGCUACGGGUACGUGCCGCCCUACGGGUACCGCGCCCCGCCGCCGCUGUGGAUGCACUACGCCGUGCCGCCUAGUCCCUGGGCGCCGCUCACGCUGCCCCUCCUCACCGACCACAUCCCUAAAGAUGAAUCCGCUUCAGAUUUGCCGCUGAACUUGUCGAAGCACUGAGCAGCGCUGCGCCCGUCGCGAGUCCGACAUGCGAGACUGAUAAUAAUCCUGGUGAUGUGAAAUGUUAUUCGUUGAGAGGUCAAUCGAACUAAUAUUGUAUAGAUUUUAAUAUGGUGUGUUAAGUUCCAUGGUGGAUUAUGUAUUCACGAAGUGCGAAUAUAUCGUCCAUAAUAAUCUCAGUAAGCCCAGUGUUGUGGCUCAUGGUCAAAUUUUCGAAGCAACAUUCCAUUGUCGCACCCUUUGAUUGGCGCGUGUCAAAGUCCAAAAAGUACAUCCCACCUAUCUCAGCGUUCGAUUGUUUAUAUGAAUGACUAGUGAAUUGCGUUUUGCAAACUCGCAAAUAAUAUUUUUGUAUAGAUCAUAGUUUCCGAGCGACGUUUUUUUUUGUUCGGGAAUCUAUUUACAAACUACUGUAUAUUACAUUAAAAUAUAUUUUAGUAUAGAUGUAUGUAUGUAUGCAGAGUAAUGUGUGUAUUUUCAUACGAAUCAUUUUGAUAUGCAAGUUAAAUAUUUUAAUAUUGGCUAUUAUAUUAGUAUAAGAUGAUCAAAUUAAAAGCCAUUAUCAAUUGUUAGCAAUCAGUGCCUUGGAAUAUAAAAAUAUUAUGAACAUAUUUAUAAAUGAAAGGUGUGACAUAAAAAUCUGGCUUCGUCCAAUUAUACAAAAAAAUAUGACAAUAGUUUACAUAACAUAGGUACUGACAGUUUUCUUUAAAAAAAAACUCAAAUGAUUGUUCAGUAAAUAGAAUUGAUGAAAAAUCCUGUUGAUUUCAUGAUAUUGCGAAAUUCCAUAAAUAUUUAUGUUCGAUCUCAUUAUUUAAUUUAGAAAAUAAAACGAGGUAAAGACUACAGUUUUUUGGGAUCAAAUUUUGGAUGUGUGUUUAUGAAACCUGUAUGAAAUAUGUAUCUAAGAGACCUUGUAAAUAGUUUGUGAAUGGUGUAUUAUUGAGUCGUCGAGGAGUAGAUUUUUAUCGGAGCAUUAAUUUGCUAUACAAUAUAUGUGUAAGAGUUUAUUACCUUCAGAAUAAUUAUUGUAAUUGUACAGUAUUUUUAUAAUGAGUAUUUUAUGGUGUUUACGAUGAAUGAUGUGAAGAGUUAUAGAGGGAAUGUUGCGAGUACGUUGCGCAGUGUUGCCAGCGCGUCGCACGCCGCGCGCCACGAGCGGUCUCUCGCGGCCUCGCGCGGGACUAACGAGAUUAAACGUAGACGUAGAUUAAUUGCAAUGACAAAGCUACGGGGUUAUGUAUUAUAAGGACAGUUAUGACGGUAAGGGACUGAUUUCAGAUGUAAUAUUAUCAUUAAAGGAAUUGUAUAAAAUAGUUGUGUAUUCGGAGGCCUAUUUGUACACAUCGUGUUGUCCGCCAACAAAGUUGACUUAGUAUAUAAACGAAUAGCUGUUAAUACAUCCUGCUCAAUUUAAUUCUUGAGUACAUGUAGUGUACAACGUUUUGACAUAGGGGUUUUACGGGAGGAAAUUUGUGUCUAAAAAUAUUGCACAAAAGUGUAUUUUUCUAAUGAUUUUAUUUGCAUGUUUUAAUAAGUGCAACAACAGACAUGAGCAAUGUUAAUUAUUUAAAAUAUGAAAACAAUAUAUAUUUGUGCGUUGACAGUUUUGAGACUAUUAACAAAUUAGUUGUUAUAUAAUUAAUAGUAUGGCGAAAACAAAUUUACAGCUAGCUUUCAAUAGGAAAUCAAAUACGAAAUGCUCGUGUUGUGUACAUUUCAUUUUUUCAAUUUGAAUUGUAUGAACAUGACCACAGUCCAAAUGUGAAUUUGAUUUAUAUAUUACUGUGCUAGAAAUUUAUACAAAACUUGGUGCUUCUCAUUCUCAUUCUCUUGUGUGAAGGACGCGAUUAGCGAUUGGCGAUUGUUAAAAACGAUAAAAGAUAUUUUUGCUUGUACAGUGAGAGAAAUCAAGGUGUCCUUAUCAGUGGAAGGCGUACUGUUUUAAUGUAAAGCCCUUGUCUGAAAGAAUAUGGCUUGUAAAGCCUAUUUAAUAAAUAAAAAACCUGAAACAACAUAAAAAGUGCAGUCAGCCAUUAAAAGCUUUGUGGCAUUAAAGGCGUCGCGCUUUGACAGACCCAAAACUAUUAUUGUAAUUCACUAUUUAUUAGUAACAAAUUUAGUACAGAAUGCAAUUAGCAAUUAUCGAUUUGCUGUUUUUCAUUGAACGAUCGCCAAUCUGUUCUCUGGUCUUGGUAUCCUUCUUCACAGUCGAUCCAAUUUCAAACAAGUUGUUGUUUUUUCGCCAGCUAAAGGUCAGCCUCAAAUGUCUACUGAUUGACACAGCGUUUUGUUUUCAGUCUGAUAUUAAAAUAUUUCUAUGGUUACUUCAACAUAAACUAAACCCUGUCUAUUUGCUAAUUUAUACAUUAAUACUUAUCGUUGUAGUAGUACAUACUUUGUAUGCCUGUACUGGGAGUCAGUCGGCAACCCUCCCCUCGUCUUGCGUAAGCGUGGCCACGCACCGGUUACGUUCAUACAAAAAUCAUCAGUAAAAUAUGUUUUAUUUUGUAACGACAGUUUUUACAUCGCAAGCACUUUCUUUUUGCAAAAGAUCCCAUGAAUUCAGUAGAUUUAUUUAUAACGAAGAAUAGCAAAAAUGUUAAAAAAAAAUGUUCAGUUUGGUCAGCUGUAAAGAGAAAUGAGGACCAGAAACUUACGAAUUUUGUACCAUUUUUAUAAUAUAUAUAGGUGCAUAUGUUUUUAUUUAUCCAGUUAUAAAUUAGUAGAGGCUUAUUUGAAUUAUUGAUGUUCAUGAUCAAUUACAUUUUCCUCCCUACCACACUAUUAUUUGCCGAUGUUGAGAGAAAAAAAACCACAUAUUUUUGUACUCAAAAUUUUGUAUGUUAAUGAGAAACGUUGGAUCCUUUAAUAAAUAAAAGACUUAAAUAUAUCAACGGAUGUCUUUAAACCACUUAAAAUAAUGUAUUUAUCAAGCGGAAAAUAGUGUUAUUAUCCAUUUAUAUUAAGAUGUAGUUAUGUACUCGAAUAAAUAUAACUUUUUCAAAAAAAAA